AGUAAUUCGAACUUAACACAGUCAACUACGGUAAGCGAGCCGCUUGCUCUGGCUGGUCAACAUUCAGUGGCGUAAUUGGAGCUCAUUCAUCAUGCGCUGUUGUCAGAUGGUCAUGGGCCCUGCGGGUACCGGCAAGUCCACAUACUGCAACAACAUGCACGAGUUCUGCGCUGCGUCUGGACGUAUGACGUACGUGGUGAACUUGGAUCCGGCCGCUGAUCACUUCGACUACCCCGUGGCCUUCGGUAUGUCGAUUUUCCUAUUGAACUCGAGGCAGUACAAGUGUAACGACUUCUGUGUGCUGUACCAGACAUCCGCAAUCUGAUCAGCGUGGAAGACGUAAUGGAGGAACUGGGCUACGGACCCAAUGGCGGCCUCAUAUACUGCAUGGAAUAUCUUGUGCAGAACCUCGAUUGGCUGCAGGACCUCCUCGGAGAGUACAGCGACGAAGACUACUUCAUCUUCGACUGCCCAGGUCAAAUUGAGCUCUACUCGCAUCUACCAGUGAUGAAGCAGCUUUGCGACUCCCUGAAGGACUGGGGCUUCAACAUUUGUUGCGUCUACUUGAUCGACUCCUUAUUUAUCGUUGACCCGACCAAGUUCAUCUCGGGCGUGCUCUGCUCACUGUCCGCCAUGGUGCAGCUUGAAUUGCCUCACAUUAAUGUUCUGACCAAGUGCGAUCUGGUCGACGAGAAGGAACUUUCAAAAUAUUUGGACCCGUCGGAGGGCUACCUCCUCGAAAACCUCGCGAACGCUACUGAUCCCAAGUGGCGUCCUCUGAGCGCAGCGAUCUGCAAUGUGAUUAACGACUUUAGUAUGGUCGCCUUUGUCCCCAUGAACAUCAACCGCGAGGAGAGUAUCGAGACUGUGCUCAUGCACGUGGAUCACGCCAUCAACUACGGCGAGGACUUGGAGCCGCAGGAGCCUAAGAGCCACGAAGCGGACGAAUAGAUUGUGGUGUAAUGAUGCAACGCACACGAUUUUAUUCUGGUUCUUACUGUCGCUUCGUACGACUUCAUCACGUUGAUUCGCCCUGCAUCAGAUUAAUCAUGGGACGCUGUUGGAAAGCACAUUGCUGACGGAUUCUAAGAAGAAUUCCCCAUGCUCCAACGCGACGAUGGAUAGCUGUCGUCGUAAACCGUAGGAAUUCGUAAGAACAAGCUGCUAUAAGCGAGAAGAGCGAAUCGAAAAGCAAUCGCUGCAGCAUCGCCAGCCAAGCUUUGGACACCCACGCCAUGGCAUCCGUUAUCAUAACAUGUACUGUCUUCUGUCGUAGGCGACAGUCAGGGGAAAGCAGCAACCGUCACCGAAGACUAAUGUUACUACUGAUAGAC